AUGGCUUCUUCUCAUUCAUGGAUUUUUAUGCUCAUGUGUGCUGCAUCUUUCAUCACAAUUUUCACAGGAGGUGAGUCAGCAUAUGUAGCUGAUAAGAUUGCGAAGUUGCCAGGGCAGCCAGAAGUUAGCUUCCAGCAGUAUGCAGGGUAUGUUCUUGUUCAUGAAACCCAGCAGAGGAAACUUUUCUACUACUUCGUGGAAGCUGCAACAAACUCCACUUCCAAGCCUCUUGUUCUCUGGCUCAAUGGAGGACCUGGAUGCUCUUCUAUUGGACUUGGAGCUUUCUCUGAACAUGGCCCUUUCAAGCCAAAUGCAGCAGGGCUUCUGGUCAACAAUGACUACAGUUGGAACAAAGAAGCAAACAUGCUAUACUUGGAGUCCCCAGCAGGAGUUGGAUUCUCCUAUUCUGUCAAUACAUCUUUCUACGAAUUAGUAAAUGACACCAUCACAGCUAAAGACAACUUGGCAUUCCUACAACGAUGGCUAGUCAAGUUUCCAGAAUACAACAACAGAGAUUUGCUCAUCACCGGAGAAAGCUAUGCUGGACACUAUGUCCCACAACUAGCACAACUGAUUGUUGAGUCGGGAUCAAAUCUCAACUUGAAAGGCAUAGCUAUAGGAAAUCCAUUGUUGGAGUUUGACACAGAUUUCAACGGGGAAGGAGAGUACUACUGGUCUCACGGCUUGAUAUCGGACCAAACUUAUCAACUCAUCAACACAGUCUGCAACAUUUCCCAGCUCAGGAGAGAGGCCAUGUCACACUCUCUCUCAGAGCAGUGUAAAAUGGUUGCAACUCAACUUGCUGGAGAAAUUCCAAAAAGGAACUUUGAUGCGUAUGAUGUCACUUCUGAUGUUUGUAUUUCACAAUUCGACAUCAAGAAACAGUCUUUGGCUGCCAGUUUCCAUCCUAUCACAUCCCUCAAAUCCAGCCAGGGCGCUCUCAAAAAGCUGGCAAUAAUCCAAAACUCCAUUUGCAGGAUCAUGAAAUAUGACAGCAACAAUUUGGAGAUCUCGACAGUUGGGAUCUUAGGCUCGUUGGUGGGGUCGGGGAUUCGAGUACUAGUGUACAGUGGGGAUCAAGAUUCAGUUAUUCCAUUCGUCGGGACGAGGAAACUGGUGAAUCGUUUGGCAACACGGAUGGGGUUAUGA